AUUGCGGAGGAAUGGUAAACCUUCAGAAGCUCGUCUCACGAAAGCUAUUGAGCUAGAGCUAGAAACACAAUGUAGACUAGCUAGAGAAAAGAAUGCUCAUCUCCCCAGAAGAAGCAGACAGGGGAUUGUCUCAUGUCGGGGGAUGUGCUUCAAAACAAGACGGUUGCUUGAAUACCUAUUCAAACAGAAUAUAUUGAAGAGCCAUAGUAGCUGUCCUAUUAAUAGAGAGCGAGCUGUUGAUGAAACCCAGCCAAAGGGGUUAGCUUUUGAAGGGAGCCAAGGAGCUAAAGGGCAUGGGCCAGCCAACAACGAAGCAGCAAUCACCACACGCCAAAAUUCUGUCUCAAGCAAAAGAACUCACAUCAUCAUUGGUUCAUCUGACUGUAAAAAGAUGAUCAGCUAUAGACUCUAGCUACCAAUCAUGUAGAGUUGAGUGAUGGGCUCUUGUGCUGACUGUGUAAAAAGAAGCAGCCAUCCAAUGAGUCACAACCACCCCGAAAGCUAAGAUUGACGUCACCACGAAACGAAAGGACCAGAAUUGACAGUGUCCGAGAACGCAAGAGAAGCUGUGAUUCAUUCGAUUGAUUCGUGGAAAGUGACGUACAGUAAAAGUCCCAGUCAAUUGCACGAGGUCCUUGUUCCUGCAACUUCCGGCCACCCAAAAGAUACGUACAAGUCGAAGUUAGGUUUGGUCACUGGCUAUCGAAUGCCCGUAGUUCUUGGGCCAACGCCGCCAACGCGUUCUUUGUAUUGAAUUCCAACAACCGAGCAAACUUCCCUUACGAUUGCCGUCAAUUUCGGCAACAAAGUUUAUCGAUUGACUAUCAAUCAUUUUUAUUGCUCCGCAGCAAUAACACUCGAAGGAUUGUAUUGUUUUUGUUGAGGCCCCUCUGAAGAAGAGGAGCCCCCAGAGUCGUCAAGACGUUUCCCCACGCUGGUUUCCGCCAAUCCUGUGUUAAAGGAGGAACAUCUGUCAUACUUUGCCAAAGUUCGAACUUCCCCAUAGGUUAAAAGACAAGGAUUUUGAAAAACAAGAUGAAGAUGCAUCACGUGAACAGCAUGCCGGCUCUUUGUGGCUCGGACAGCGAUGACAACAGUUCCAAGGAUUCCUCGACUGGUCGCAACAGUGAUGCUACCCCAUCCACUAUGCCCACUCGCCAUGGAAGUUUGGUGGGUCUGGAUCACAUGGUGGAUGAGGUGACCACCGGAGUCGAGCCUCAUGUGGGGUACAAGAAGGUACUCGUCACUGGUGGGGCUGGUUUCAUUGGCAGCCAUGUUGCUGAAUUUCUUUUGGAACGUGGCGACGACGUGGUUACUGUUGAUGAAAUGAACGACUACUAUGAUGUGCGCAUCAAAGAAAACAAUCUUCAACAACUUCGUGCAAAGUACCCUGAGGAAGGUCGUCUCAAAAUUUUUAAAGCAGAUAUUUGUGACGAAGACGUCAUGUCCAAAAUCUUUGAAGAAGAGGGACCCACCUGGGUUUGCCACAUGGCAGCCCGUGCAGGAGUGAGGCCUUCGAUUCAGGAUCCCUAUGUCUACAUUCACAGCAACAUCAAGGGAACCACACACCUCAUGGAACUCUCGGCAAAGCAUGGAGUCAAGAACUUUGUCUUUGCUUCGUCCUCUUCGGUCUAUGGAGGUUCUAAGAGCACAUUCUUUUCCGAGGACGAAGUCGUGGAUAAUCCCGUGAGCCCGUAUGCUGCCAGCAAGAAGGCAUGCGAGCUUUUGGCAUACACUUACCAUCAUCUCUACAACCUAAAUAUUUCUGGACUCCGUUUCUUCACGGUCUAUGGACCUCGAGGAAGGCCUGACAUGGCUCCGUUCAAGUUCAUUGACCGUGUGAGCCGAGGUGUUGAAAUUCAGCAAUUCGGUGAUGGAUCUUCCUCUCGUGACUACACUUUCAUUUCAGACAUUGUCGAUGGCAUCGUCCGUGCCUUGGAUCGUCCCCACCCGUACGAAGUCUUCAACCUUGGCAAGGGCUCCGGCACUUCUCUCAAGGAGUUUAUUGACUUGGUUCAGAAACACACCGAGAAGGAUGCGGUCAUCAAGGUCAUGCCCGACCAGCCUGGUGACGUCCCCUACACUUGUGCUGAUGUGAGCAAGGCUCAUGCUAUGUUGGGCUACAAGUCCAAGGUGGCCUUUGAGGAAGGGAUCCGUCGCACUGUGAAGUGGUACAACGGUGCUUACAACGCCAAGGAACUGGAAGUUUGCCCUGAACUCCAGGCCAAUGGAAUGGGCCGUGCUCCAUCCAUGGUGAACUUGUCUCAGACUUGUUAGGCGAAGUUAGGGUGAUGUCCCAACUGCAUGUUGCAGUGACAUGCACAACGAGCAGCAGAUGAUUUCCGUUCUGUAGUUGUGAAGUUAGGAGAAACCUCACACGUUUCAUUUACACGUAGUAGUUGAAUAAAAAGAAAUAGUUUGAUGGGUACAUUUG